AUGCUGGGCGAGCGCGGGAGGGGCCAGUGUGCGAGCGCGAGCGCGCUUGUCCGGGGCGUGCGGCCGGGAAGCCCUCGCUUCCUCCACGCCUGGCACCCCUCACCCAUCUCAGCCAGGAUGCCGACGAGGCGCUGGGCCCCUGGCACCCAGUGCAUCACCAAGUGUGAGCACACGCGCCCCAAACCCGGGGAGCUGGCCUUCUGCAAGGGCGACGUGGUCACCAUCCUUGAGGCCUGCGAAAACAAGAGCUGGUACCGUGCCAAGCACCACGCCAGCGGGCAGGAGGGGCUGCUGGCGGCUGGGGCGCUGCGGGAGCGCGAGGCCCUCUCGGCGGACCCCAAGCUCAGCCUCAUGCCGUGGUUCCACGGGAAGAUCUCGGGCCAGGAGGCGGUGCAGCAGCUGCAGCCGCCCGAGGACGGGCUGUUCUUGGUGCGGGAGUCUGCGCGGCACCCGGGUGACUACGUGCUGUGCGUGAGCUUCGGCAGCGACGUCAUCCACUACCGCGUGCUGCACCGUGACGGCCACCUGACAAUCGACGAGGAGGCCUGCUUCUGCAACCUCAUGGCUAUGGUGGAGUAUUAUAGCAAGGACCAGGGGGCCAUCUGCACGAAGCUCGUGAGACCGAAGAGAAAGCAAGGCACCAAGUCGGCGGAGGAGGAGCUGGCCAAGGCCGGCUGGUUACUGAACCUGCAGCAUUUGACGUUGGGAGCGCAGAUCGGAGAGGGAGAGUUUGGAGCUGUCCUGCAGGGUGAGUACCUGGGGCAGAAGGUGGCCGUGAAGAACAUCAAAUGUGACGUAACAGCCCAGGCCUUCCUGGAUGAGACAGCGGUCAUGACGAAGGUGCAGCAUAAGAACCUGGUGCGUCUGCUGGGUGUGAUCCUACAUCAGGGCCUCUACAUCGUCAUGGAGCACGUGAGCAAGGGUAACUUGGUGAAUUUUCUACGGACGCGGGGCCGGGCGCUUGUGAACACCCCGCAGCUCCUGCAGUUUUCCCUGCACGUGGCCGAGGGCAUGGAAUACCUGGAGAGCAAGAAGCUGGUGCACCGCGAUCUGGCUGCUCGCAACAUCCUCGUCUCGGAGGACCUGGUGGCCAAGGUCAGCGACUUCGGCUUGGCCAAAGCCGAGCGGAAGGGGCUGGACUCCAGCCGGCUGCCCGUCAAGUGGACAGCACCCGAGGCUCUCAAGCAUGGGAAGUUCUCCAGCAAGUCGGAUGUCUGGAGCUUUGGGGUGCUGCUAUGGGAGGUCUUCUCAUACGGCCGGGCUCCAUACCCCAAGAUGUCGCUGAAGGAGGUGUCAGAGGCCGUGGAGAAGGGGUACCGCAUGGAGCCCCCCGAAGGCUGCCCUGGGUCCAUCCAUGCCCUCAUGGGCAGCUGCUGGGAGGCUGAACCCACUCGCCGGCCGCCCUUCCGCAAACUGGCUGAGAAGCUGGCCCGGGAGCUACGCAGCGCGGGUGCUUCAGCCCCCAAUGGGGGGCAGGACACGGACGGUCCCGCCCUGCCCCGUAGCCAGGAGCCCUGA